UUUCAUGGUGUCUAUUGUAAACCAGGUUUUGGUCAAACGAAGAGGUCUUCUUAAGCACAAUUUUCAAGGGUUCACUUCAAUGUCCUAUACUUGGAAACUUGUCUAGCUUGCUCCCAAUGAACAUAAAUUUAAAUGCAUGACGACUCUCCACAGUUCUACCUAACACAGUAUCUUAUAUAAUCGUCCUUAGUCUCUCUUUCUCUCUAUCCUCCUAACACUACUUUAUCUGUAUAUUAUAUAGAGAUGAUACGAGCAGGACAUGUAGGGGGAAUAGUGACGUGGAACCGUGAUGAUUUUGCUGAGCUGGGUGUUGAAUGGUACGUGCCAGAAGACACUGAAUGGGACGAGAAAGGACGGACCAUGAUCUCUCACAUCUACGUUUCUUAUGAUGCAACCAUAACAUCUAUUCAGUUUGGCUACUAUGAAAAUGAAGCUCUAGUCCUGUCUGAAAGGCACGGUCCCCCUGACAACCCUGGUAACUUCUCAACGGAGUUUGUGACGGUGAAACUGGUUCAAGAUGAGUAUGUGACUGGAUUGAGUGGAAAUGAAGACUUGUUAGGAGGAAUCUGUAAUUUGACGUUUCACACUAACCUUGGGAAGCACGGACCCAUUGGAAAGUUCAAGGAUAACUAUCCAAGUGGUUCCAAAGUUUUUGAUUCAGAGAUACGUGAUCGACGUGGGUUUGGGGGUUUCUUUGGGUCUUACAACUCAAAUGGUCUGUCAUCUAUUGGUAUCUAUGUGAGUCCCACUGCAAGUUCCGAGAAGGUGGUUGAAAGUGAAAACGUCGGACUAAGUCAACGUCUUGUAGCACCCUUUCAAUAGUAUUUUGGUUUUGUCUAAAAUAAUGUAGCUUCAAUGGAGCAUGCAAUGUCCUUGUGUCAUCUUUCUAUCUCAAGUAAUAAAGAGCCUAUUUGCCUAAAGUCUCUUUUCUUUUUGGGUUUAGAAUAUGAAAAGAUUUUACUAAUGUUCAACAAAAUGAAGUAGCUGUGUGAACACUACACUAGUAGCUAAAAAUCACACAUUGCCAAAACAGCAAAUAUAUUGUUGUUCCACAGAUUCACACACUGCCUUUUGAGUACAUUUGGUAUAUGAUUCAUAUAGAAACAGAGGGAAAGCAGAGAGAAGACACAAAAACUAACUUCAACUAGAACAAAACUCCACAGUGAAAACUGAGUACAGACUCAAAACGCUCAACUGUUUUUAACUACCAGAAGUUUACUAAAAGACCAAACAUAAGUCACUGAAAGAAACAAACAAAGUUA